AUCGUAUUGUAUCCAAUCGUUACCGACAUUUAUUAUCCAGUUCGAAGUCAUGUAUGGUAUUAUAUGAUAAUAUUAACCAUACUACCAAUGAUUGCUGUUCAAGGUGCCAGCUAUAUAAUUUCCAUAGUGUUUGGACGUAAUCCAUUGAAUCUUUACAUUUCAAUUCCAUGUGUAAUGCUUAUAUCGAUUAUUUCCAUAUUAACUCCACAUUCCUUAUCACAUUUUGCAUUUAAAUUGAUAACAACUUUCAAUCUUUUUCGCUAUCAAUCCGAAGCAAUGUUGUUUUUAGUAUAUGGUUUUGGUCGAUGUGGUCAUAGAGAAAUUCAAGUGGUAUUGUAUAGAAUUGGUUUGAUUCAUGAUGAACGUUACUAUUACGUUAUCAUAAUGACAGCCGUCAAUGCAAUAUUAUUUCAAUCAAUUGCCAUAUUAUUAUUUUGUCUAUAUAAUAAUCCAUUUCAAGAUCGACGUAAACGUGUUAAACGUAUUGAAUAUCUAAAUCAACGACAAUUACCAUCAAAAGUCAUUAUACCUGGCCUUACUUGUUCGAAUGAUUUUGUUAUUCGAAAAAUUCAAGUUUAA